GUGGCCAAGAAAGAACUCAAGACUUCAUUUAACUUUCUUACCUAUCAUCAAAAUAUCCCAGAAAUGCCCAUGGCCCUCCAGGCUGCUACCCUUCUUCCUUCCACUUUUUUCAUUCCCAGAGAGGGGAAAGCCAUGGCUGCAACACUGAAGGAUUCAACCCUGUUUGGGGUUUCACUGUUUGACCACUCCAAAUCCGAUUCCAGAUUCUCAUCACUCAAAAUCAAGGGAGAAAGAAAAUUGUGGAAUGGGGUUGUGAGAGCUAAGACAAUGGUGGCGGAUCCCGGGGUUACCAGCGGCCAAGUCUCCGGCAAGAAAACGCUGAGAAAGGGGACGGUGGUGAUCACGGGCGCGUCUUCCGGCCUGGGGCUCACCACCGCCAAGGCUCUGGCGGAGACCGGGAAAUGGCACGUGGUAAUGGCCUGCAGAAACUUCUUGAAGGCGGAGAGAGCGGCGAAAUCGGUGGGGAUGAGGAGGGAGGAUUUCUCCAUAAUGCAUUUGGAUCUCGCCUCCCUUGACAGCGUCCGGCAAUUCGCGGAGAACUUCCGGCGGUCCGGCCGCCCCCUUGAUGUUCUCGUCUGUAAUGCGGCGGUUUACUUGCCGACGGCCAAAGAACCCACCUUUACGGCGGAGGGGUUUGAGCUGAGUGUGGGGACUAACCAUUUGGGACACUUUCUGCUUUCAAGAUUGCUCUUUGAUCACUUGAAACAGUCCGAUUACCCUUCCAAAAGGCUCAUAAUUGUUGGCUCAAUCACAGGAAAUACAAACACAUUGGCCGGAAAUGUCCCUCCUAAGGCGAACUUAGGGGACCUGAGGGGUCUCGCCGGAGGGCUAAACGGACUGAACAGCUCGGCGAUGAUCGACGGAGGGGCAUUCGAUGGGGCAAAAGCCUACAAGGACAGCAAAGUGUGCAACAUGCUGACAAUGCAAGAGUUCCACCGGAGGUACCAUCAGGACACCGGGAUCACCUUCGCCUCCCUCUACCCAGGGUGCAUCGCCACCACGGGGCUGUUCAGGGAACACAUCCCGCUCUUCCGGGCCCUCUUCCCGGCCUUCCAGAAGUACGUCACCAAAGGGUAUGUGUCCGAGGAGGAGGCCGGGAAGAGGCUGGCUCAGGUCGUGAGCGACCUGAGCUUGACCAAGUCCGGGGUGUAUUGGAGCUGGAACAAGAACUCCGCUUCUUUCGAGAACCAGCUGUCUCAGGAAGCCAGUGAUGCCGACAAGGCCCGCAAAAUGUGGGAACUCAGCGAGAAACUCGUCGGCCUGGCGGCUUGAUCGACUGCAGCAGCCAUUCUCCCAUUCCUUCGCCUGUUUCUUGGCUUGUCUUGCCCUGUUCUUGUCAAUUCUUAACUGGCUAAACAAAACAAGAAAUAAUGUUCUUUUUUUUAAUUUGCAUUUGUAGAACUCAAGAGUUUUCAAAUGAAAUCACUCGUCUUGCAGGUUCAAUGUUUCAAUUUUGAAGAAAAAAGAUGUGGUUCUAGUAUUGAGAUGUAAAAGUGACAUGCAUUGAAAAUUUGAAAGGUUCUUAAGUACUAGGUAAACUUGUUUAUGUGACUAUUGAUAUUUCAGGGACAUUGUUUAGUUGGCCAAUAGGAGUGUAAAAAGGCAUAACGAUCGAAUUUGAUUUCUCACAAUGGCAAUGAAUGACCACCAACAAU